AUGGUCAAGGCUGUGAGCGUUCUUCGUGGUGACUCCAAGGUCUCCGGUACCGUCGUCUUCGAGCAGGAGUCCGAGUCUGCUCCUACUACCAUCACCUGGGACAUCACCGGCAACGAUCCCAACGCCAAACGAGGAUUCCACAUCCACACCUUCGGUGACAACACCAACGGCUGCACUUCCGCCGGCCCUCACUUCAACCCUCACAACAAGACCCACGGCGCUCCUUCUGACGAGACCCGUCACGUUGGUGAUCUCGGAAACGUUGAGACUGAUGGCCAGGGCAAUGCUAAGGGUUCCGUUACUGACUCUCUCAUCAAGCUGAUUGGUCCCCACAGCGUUAUUGGCCGAACCGUUGUUAUCCACGCCGGUACCGACGAUCUUGGCAAGGGUGACAGCGAGGAGUCUCUCAAGACCGGUAACGCUGGACCCCGACCUGCUUGCGGCGUUAUUGGUAUUUCCAACUAG